GCCAACACAUCUAUUCCAUCAGCUAGCUACAGCUUGCAAGUGCAUGAGUGAAUGUAUAUAUGUAUAUAUACGACUUCAUGCAUUGAGAUUCUGCUAAAUAUUAUGAGAGCCAAUGGAUUUUUUGGAAAUUGACCCUGUUACCUUGAACCUGGUCAUCCUUGUAGCUAGCUAUGUCAUCCUGCUUUUGGUUUUCCUAAUUUCUUGUGUGCUGUAUGACUGUAGGGGGAGAGAUCCCAGUAAAGAAUAUGCUCCUGAGAUUGCAACGGAACCUCAGCCUCCAAUCCGGCUCGUGGUGAUGCAGCAAGGAAACCCAGGUCCCCACUGGGAUAAAGAACUUGUCCGUGCUUAUCAAAAUUCUUCAGGUCCACCAGGAAAGAGGACUACCGUUGUCUAAGACAGCCUUCAAUUGCUCCUGCUUUCCGGAGACGGCUUGUCUCAUCCGCCAUGUUUACGUCUCAUUUGCAUAAGGAUAACCUAAGGAAGACUGAACAAGUCCAAUCAACCUACACCAGGAGAAGGAAAGGAUUCCACCCAUUUAACUGAUCUUCC